AGGCCAGCUUUGGGAAGUGGGAGGUGUUGUGGUUUACCAUGGAUUGCUUUUAAUAAUACUGUAUCAUACUUUACGUUUGGAGCGUCAUGAUUACAUGACACGAAAAUUAAACAAGUCUUAGCUCUCUUACAUGCGUUUGAACAGCCGCUCGUCUUGGGGCUGUUGCAGAAUCAUGCUGGAACUAAUUGUCAUCAGUGCGUCUGAAGCGCCCAUUUAGAGUGAAACACGUCUAAGGAGGAUGGAGGCGACUGCCAACAAAGGGGCUUUGGAAAAUUACGGUGGUGUUGAAAAUGAUUUCAAUAAUUUGAACUGUCAUCCAAAUUCAUGGAGUGAUGAUCAAACUCAGAUGGGCAUACAGAAUGCCCAUAACAGUGAACAGGCUAGCAAAACCAGCAAGCUCCACAGUGUGGUGGAAGCUGCCUGCAGUUCUGAAUCCUGUGCAGUAGUGGAUCGGAUCUUACAGCAGGUGGAUCAGCUAUCAGAUCUGGAGAAACUUCUGCUCUACCUCAAACUACCAGCUGGGAAGAACAAUGAUGUUGAUCCACUUAAGAUACCCCUGAACCCAUUGGGCAGCAGGUUUGAGAUCCAGCAGACCAUCAUGUGGAUCCGCACACACCUGGAGGAAGACCAGGAUGUGUCGAUGCCCAAGCAUGAGGUCUAUGAUGAAUACCAGGUGUACUGCAGCACCAACAGCAUGAAGGGCCUGAGCACGGCCGACUUCGGCAAGGUGAUGAAGCAGGUGUUCCCGCGCGUGCGGCCGCGCAGGCUGGGCACUCGCGGUCACUCGCGCUACUGCUACGCAGGUCUGCGGCGCAAGACCAAGCUGGAGGCCCCGCACCUACCCGACCUGGACGGCGAGACGCCGGUGAAGGCGGGUGGUGAGGUUGGCGCCAGCGGCGGCAGCGGCAGCGGUGACGGCUCUGGCGAGCUGGCAGCCUCUUCCCUGCUGAUCCGCCAGUGGGCCGAGAAGCUGAUCGGCGAGAAGUUCGAGACGCUCUCUCAGCUCAGCAGCUACCUGGUCAAGAAGAACUACGUGUCCGGGCCGACGCCGGCCGGCCUGGCGGGCGCGGCCGCCGUGAUAAAAGAUAUGCCGUCUAGUUAUUUGCAUCCAGUCAAUAGGCAUAGAGAAACCCAACUACAGUUGCAGAGAAAACUGCAAGAGAAAGAGCUGUUUCGUGAGCAGAAGAAGAAAUUGCAGGACUCGGACGGCAAGCUGGAGAAGGGCGGCGCGCGCGGCCGCAAGCGCAAGAAGGGCCUGUCGGACGAGAAGCCGGACGCCUCGGACGACGCGUCGAUGGACGGCUCGGCCGGCUACGGCGAGCCGCCCGGCUACGGCGAGCAGUACAGCUGGCUGGAGCCGGCGUUCAAGGCGAUCCAGCCCAAGUUCGAGCCGGGGGAAUACGACGGGCGGGCGUCGUGCGCCGGCGGCGCCGAGGGCCACCGCGAGUACAGCGACGUGCUCUGCGGCCAGGAUAACGAGGAGGAGCUGAUGCAAUACUUCAACAACAAGGACCACCACCAGAAGGAGGAGCUGUCGCAGCUGCGCAUGCUGCUCGAGCAGAACCUGCCCGGCAGCAAGGAGACGCAGAAGGUGGACAAACCGGCCGGGCCCCCCAACACGCGCCGCCGCUACUUCAACUUCCAGCCGAUCGCGCACGAGCCGCUGCCGCCGCCGCCACCGCCGGGCGUCGGCGAAAGCCCAUUCGUGUCACCUCACAGCACGCCGCUGCCGCUGAACCGGUCGCGCCACAACUCGGGCCAGCUGUCCGCGCCGUACCUGGCGCGCGGCCCCGGCACCGGCACUAUCACGCCCUUCUCGGCCAUCUCCGAGCUGUCACGCUGCGCCACGUUCGGCUCGGAGAACUCGACGCCGUUCUUGUCGCCGCAGUCGACGCCCGUGCCGUUCGCGCGCUCGCGCCACAACUCGAGCCAGCAGACUUGCCGCUUCCCGCAGAGCCGGUCGCGCCACUCGUCGGGCGCCACGUCGCUGGUGGCGGCCUCGCUGGCCGCCGCCGGCUGCCGCCAUUCACAGCCGCUCUACUCGCCGAUGAACCCCAACCCGUACUCGCCCAUGUCGACGAUGGCGCCGGCCUCGCCGCACAUGUCGGUCGACGAGUCGGGCAUCCAGACGUCCAACUUCCCGACGCCCGACGGCACGCCGUCGGUGCGCUCGCGGCACUCGUCGUCCGGGUCUGGCAUCUCGCCCAUCUCGGCGCCCGUCUCGCCCACCAGCACGGCGCUGGUGGACACGCGUGCCGGCUACAGCGACCUGCGGCGCCGUCACCAGUCGCUGAACACGAACCUGCAGCGGCCCAGCGUGUCGACGGCCGGCCGCGACGGGCUCGGUCUGCACGAGCAGGCGACCAGCGUGGACGCCGACCUCGGCGAAACGCUGCAGGCGCUCAGCGAGUGCGACGAGUUCUCCCAGCUCAUGAUGCAGGUGCCUGGCAAUGAGUGA